AUGGCCCAGUUCACCAGCCCCGGGCCCGAGUGCUCGGCCCCAGGGACAGCCCCGCAAGCCGGGUCCGAGUGGUUCCCGCUCGUGGUGUGUCUGGGGUUCCCAGAGUCAUCUGAGUGGCGCCGGGUGAAGGACGUGAGCAUUCUGGACAACUGGCUGAAGGAUUUUCUAUUCAACCCUUCAUCUUCCAGCCUCUUGGAGCGGCAGAAUUUCUUGCAGGUCCUGCUGCCCUUCACAGAGUCCCAGAGACCAGACGAACGUGAGAAGGCUGUGAACAUCAUCAACUGGCUGAUCCGAUCAUUUGUCAGCCCUUCCUCUGUGGGGGUCUGCGUCUCUGGCAACCAUCACCUUGGUGAAGAGGAGCUUUUCCAGGACCUGGGCAGGGUGGUGGGACGUCUCAUCCUGUGCUGUGCUCCCAACAACGAGAUGAUCCGCUUUGCGGCUGCAGAUGCUCUUCGAUACCUCUACAAGUUCACCCUGCAACAAAGAAGCAGGACGCUAUCAAAAUGUAAUCCAGAGCAUCCACAGCUCCAAAGGGAAUGGGAAGCUGGGAGCGCUUCCUGGCUUUCUUGGUACUGUGACGGCAGUGACAUUGCUAUGGUGUUUGGCAUAUACCUCCAGCCCUCUGAGAGGACAGACGUGGUCCUCACAGCCAUUGACGCCAUGAGAGACUCCAGCAUCUGUGACAAGCAGGUGGCCUGCAGCUUGCUCUACAUGGCCAUGAGAGACCCUGCCUCGUGGCUGAUGGAUACACAAAAGAUCUUGGAGUGCGUCCACAGAAACAUGGAGUUCAUCUGCACAGUGACAGCCCGGCACAGCCUGGAAUCACUCCUUUUCCUGCUGAUCAAAUGGUGCCCCAAGGAUACGGUCAGGAGCCUGUUGAAGAUCACUCCAUCAUGCGACAGCACUGCCCUGGCCAUGUGGGAGGUGAUGCUCUCCCUGCCCAGCACUUGGGAGACGAUCUGCAAUGAGCUGCUCAGUGUGAUCCAGGACCAGCUACCGCAAGGGCGGUUCAACUUCACAGAGGACACGCACGGCCUUCCCUCAGCUGCAACCAAGGUCCUGUGCAAGCUCACCCAGCAGUCCAUCUGCCAGGAGAAACUAAAAGCACUCUUCACCAAGGUCUUCAUGGCCCUGGUCUUCCAGAUCUCAUACACUGCAGAGUUCCUACAACACACCAUGGAGAUUUUCUGGACAUACAGCGAAUGGCAUCAGGCCAAUCAACGCAGCCCUUUCAGGUUUGCAGUGGAGGCCAUUAAAGCUCUGCUCUGUGCUGCUGGCUAUGAAGAGCAUGUCCUGAGCAUCCAGAAGGAGGGCGGCUGGGACAUGCUUCUCGGAACUGAGACCCACCACAGAGGAAUCAGCUUGCUGGCCAGAGAGAUGAGUAAGAGCCCAGUUGAUCAGCGAUCCUCCAUGUUCCAGCACCUGCAAGGGAUUCUUUGCUGUAGGAAGGAAUUCCAGAUAACUUUUGCCAUGACUUUCUACGUUGAGCUGCUGGCCUGCGAUGACCUUGAAAAGGAUUUGAGUGACCUGGUCCUCCUCCAGUUGUAUAUGACGUAUCCAUGCCACAUAACGCAAGCGCUGGUAUUCAGAGGCAUCGUCACACUGUCGGAAAAACCUGAGAUGGCAAGAGAAAUGCAUAUCCUGCUGAGCGACAUCCUGAGGACUCUGAACAGUUGUGACACAGAUAUCAAGACGAAGGCCUUGCUUGUCUUCAGAAACCUGCUGAGACACAUGAAGAGGAAGGAGGCCAGCCACAUCACUCUGCAGCUGGCAGGGAAGCUCCUGCCACUCAUCGACGACGAGUCCAGCCAGCUGCGAGAGCUCUCCAUCUGCCUCUUCAGAGACAUAGUGGAGACUGUGGUGGGGAGAGACAAGAGACGGAUGAAGAAGAAAAUCCGGAGGGUCCUGGUCCCGCUCUUCUUCCAUAUGAAUGACCAGACCGAGAGUGUGGCCAAGGCCUCUGGGGAAGCCCUCCUCACUUGUGCAGACCUCCUGAAGAGGAAGAAGCUCAAGCAACUGGCCCAGACAAAGCAGACGUGGAGGAUUGGAGAGACCUUGCUGGUGCAGGACAGGAGGAGGAUGGAAGAAUACCUGCAUCACAGCCUGCCAUACCUGAAGGACGCUCAGGCCACCUUGAGAGUGGAGGCCAUCAGGUUCAUCGCCCUCCAGCCCUUGGUGAGUGACGCAGAGCCCUCAGUUCGUUCCCUGGCAACUCAGACCUUGCUGAUCCUGGCACCGCUGCAGCCAACAUCGGGAUGGUCCCUACGAAGACUGUGCUGUGGGCUCUGCAGAGACAGGGAGAGGUGAAGGUCUCUCCUGGGGAAAAUGGCUGCAUGGGAAUAAAGCUGGAACAACCAGCCCAGUCCCAUGGCGUCCUUCACACAGGACAUGAGCAUGCUGAGCAGACAGCAUCAUUCCUGGCCUCUACUGCUGCCCACAGGACAGCUCAUCUCUCAGCACACGCUGGCCCCAGUCUUGUUUUACAACAAUUUUACCUCUUGUUUGGGC